AUGGCCUUGUUAUCAAAGUUCGAGCUUGCUUCUCUCGGGGAGGCAGGAAAUGAGACCCCUGUAUCGCAAUCCCAAGAGACUCUGACGGCAGCACCAUUCGGUACGCUUACUCUCGUACCACCGGAAAUUCGUGAGCAGAUCUAUCUGGACCUCAUCGCGGCAGGGUCGGUCCGAUUCCUAGAGAGUUCCAAGGCAUUUCACAACGAAGCACUUGACAUCCUUCACCAGAAGGGAGUUUGCAGACUCGAGUUCAACAUAUUCAAACCCCGUGAUAUCUUCCCAAGUCAACAAUUCUCCAAACCUAUUCUCAAUCUAGAGAUCCGGCUCGACCUUACAGAUUUCGUCCUUAGAGUUCCACAGCCGAGCAACACGUGCAUCAACAAGUUCAAUGAAUGGUUGACCCAGUCCAUGGACUGUGUAGACACCUCACAGGGCCUUCAACCUCCGACUCACCCUACUCCUCGAAAAUGUUGCAAGAUCCUUCUUGACUGCAAUCCAGGCUUCUCUGGAUGGAUACCAAAAUUCACAUUCGAUUUUAUGAAAUGCCUUACCGGCUUCAAGGCUUUAGUCUUGGCCGUCGCCAAUGACUAUCCGGGAGAUAGGAAACGUCGGAUGGUGGAGAGAAUGUACGACCCGAGACCGAACCCUCAGCGUGACAUGGAGUCUGCGAUGCACAGCAAAGAGAACGAGGACACGCUUCAUGUAUAUCAGACCGCUAUGAAGGCUUUGGAGCCCACAUUGGGGCCCGCGGAAUGGGUUUCCGAUGAGAAGGGAGCCCAUUUGGAGUUUCAUCCCCGUGCACAUAAUUUCAGUACGGAUGACGGUAGACAGCUCUGA